AUGCUCUCAUCAUCCAUCCGCCGCGUCGUACGCGCGUCCGCCGUGUCGUUGCCCAGCGUCACUCCCUCCAGUGUCGGCGCUUCGUCAAACGGCUUGCUAGUUCCUGCAACCCGGACAGCACACCAGCGGCGAUACUCGUCGUCGAAACCCCCAGUGCCUCCGAACGAUGGAUCGAGACCAAUCGACGCAUCCUCCCAGAAUCCCGCGAAGGUGAAUCCGGCCGGGGAAAAGCGUGCCUCAAAGCGGAGAUCCGCAAAGUCGAGUCAGCACACUGCGUUCUUGAAUCUUCCUAGUGUUCCCUCUACGCAACACCUACAACCACAUGACGUGCAUGUCGCUUCAUUCUUUUCUAUCCACCGUCCUAUCUCAGUGACUAAUUCCGUGCCGCCGCCGACCAACGCAGAAACAUUCAACGCCAUUUUCGAUUCGAAAAAGCAGGCCAAGAAGGGGCGAGAAGAUGUGAUAUACACCUUGUCGUCGGCCGUGAACUUGAUGGAAAAUGCCAUCCACCACAGUCAACAGUAUGUCGGUUCGGAUCAGGAUGACCUGCGACAUGCGGUGACUCAAGCGUCCGACAGUAAUGCGGAAGCCGCUAUUAUCCAUCUGGAUAGCCUUCCUGCGGAAGAGCUGCAGGCCUCUAUCGAAGAGUUUGCGAGGCGCCUUCGUCCGUUCAACCCUCCCCCUCCUCCGGAGCCGAUGGACGAGGCCAACGCAUCCGAGGAGGCGAUGCCGAAUGAGCAGCUCGAGAGCCAGCCGACUUCGUCGCAAACCUACUCGACCGUGCUCACCAUCCGCGAGUCCACGCACUCAAAUGGCCGCAAGACAUACGAGGCGCACAUGUCGCCGUUAGUCCGGCGCGAGGACAUGGACGCUCCUGGGGCGGUGGACGCGGACGCCACUGUGGACGAACCUCAGGGAUCCCGCACGACCUACAUUGAGCGCCUACGCCACAACAGGACCAUGCACGCUAUCAGCGUCCGACGGCAACGGAGGCUGAAGAUGAAGAAGCACAAGCGCAAGAAGUGGUUGCGGAAGACCAGGCAUCUGAGACGCAAGCUCGACAAGGCCUGA